AUGAAACAAAGUUUAAGAGCUAAAGAAAUUCAUUUUUAUGUUAGCCUGAUUAUUAAGAUGAUGAUAUAAAUCUACCAUGUCUAACAAUAUGUUGUAGAUUAUAUCAUCGUUGAUGAAGAAGAUUGUGAUGAUGGUAAUCAUGAUUCAUUUGAUAGAUUUCAUUAAUGUUAAUUUACAUGUUAAGAUGAAUGUUGAAUUUGUUUCAGAGGUAAACAUUAUCAAUGCAAAGAAACUUAUUAAUUAAUUGAGGCAAUUCACACAUGCAUAUCAAUUUUUGGUGAUUUAGUAGUAAUUAAAAAUGAAUAAGGAGGCGAUGAUAAUGAUAAUAAAUUUUGAUGGAUCUCAUCUUUUUUAAUUCUUAUGUUACAUCCAUUUUAGUUUAGGGAUUUCUUAUAAAAUGAAAAAAAUUUAUGGUAUUUAACAGGUACUAAAUGAGUAUUGAAUGUGUAAAUGGAAUAGUUGCUAAAGGAUGAUUCAAAUUAAUAUCCUUUAGAUUUGUUCAAUUUAUGAGAAUGAUCAAAAUAUUAUUUACUAUGUUAAAAUGAAGAAUGCUUUCAAUGUGAGAAAUGAUUCUAAUAUGAUUAAUAAAGUAAACAAUGCAUUCCAAUUUUUGGCAACAAUAUAAUUGUAGGGAAUGAAUAAUUUGAAGAUUAGAUGA